GCAACUCAUCCACAAACUAAGCGGUACAACUGUACAACACAUUCCCACUUGAGCCGUGGCGAGUGCAAGUCUGACUCGAUACUGAGCCACGACUAGUGCCCCUGCAGAUAUAUAAGACCCUGCUGUGCCAUCAUUGUGGACAUCUCAAAGGCCAUCCGAUUGAACGGUGACCAAGAUGCCACAAAUGAAAUCGUUGCGAAUUUUGCCUGACUUUCUGGACCAAGCGGCUCACAACGAGAUGGACCAGGAAAUCUGGAAAAUUCUGCAAAGGCGGUUUAGAGCCAAAGAUAAUGCUGAUGUGGUUGAACAGCUAUCCAGUGUAAAUGCGGACGAUCUGCGGGAUAAGCAAGAAACCUUUGGCGCUCUGCUGCAUGCAAUCCUCUUUCCUACGACCUACCGCAACAAUAAGAUUGAAAAUGAAUAUCUAAAUCUGACGUCUUGUGAAGAUGUAUUCUCGGGAGAUCAUGCCAAGGAUGUUCUGCAGCUGCUGCAGACCUGUGCUCAAAAAGGCACUUUUGCGGACAUCCGCAACUUCAGUCUAUUCAGAAGACCCGUUGCUACUGAGGAUGCCAACUUUGUGGAAGCUCAAGAGAAAGCAACGGUAUCGGCAUGGUCACGAACGUUCUAUGGCACGGCUCAUCAGUUACUCUACAAGAACAUCAAGAGCAUGAGCUCUUCUCGCAGGAAAGACCAAUUGUACUCCAACUACGUUUCUAUUGUCCAGAGCUCUGGGACCGGAAAAUCACGCACGGUCGACGAAAUGGCUCGCUUGGUGUUCACAUUUCCCUUCAAUCUCCGUGCAGAAGGCAACUCAGGCUAUGCAUAUCCUGCUGCAGAUUGCUUAGUCCGUGAUUUUCUGCUUGAAGAGGGUUCCAGGAAGAAGCCUGAUUCUAUAGUCGCUGCUUAUCUAAUUUUCUUCCGGUUCCUAUUUGAAAGGACUGCCGAAAGGUUGCAUACCCUUGGGAACUCUGCUGGAGGCCAGACGGCGAUUCCACAUCAACUAGCUGAAGAAUGGAGGGCGCACCUUGCAGAAGGUAAUACGAGAUCGGAAUUCUAUAACGAGGUGGUGCGUCUGGUGACUGAUUCCACAGAAUGGCCAUCGAUCACGAAAUUGAAACAGAACGAAGAUGACAUCAAGAUCAGUUCAUACGCUCAGCCUGCAAUCAUUGCAGGCAAAAGGCUCUCGGAUAUCAUUAACUCCUAUGCGCAUGAUAAGCUUCCCGACUCUCUACGUCUGGUCAUGUACUUCGACGAGGCCCACUCGCUGAUGCAACACAGCACUGAGGGAAUAAACUCUCAUCUCACUCGCUAUCAUGCUCUAUGCAAGGCUAUCAACCAACUAACUGACGUUCCUCUUUUCGUUGUGAUGUUGUCGACAACUUCGCAGCUUCACAACUUAUCUCCGGCGAAGAUGUUCCAUCCCUCAAUGCGAGUGCAGGGUGGAAAGCAGGAUGAUCUCCAAGCACCGAUCACUGAAAUGCCCUUUGACCUUCUCUGCGACAAUGAGCCUUUGGUUCCUCCGGAGGGAGUAACGCUAGAUGACGCAUGCGAGCUGAAGUUUAUCUGCCGAUUCGGUCGUCCACUCUGGAGAGCGUUCUUCAUGUCUGAAGAUACCGAUGUCCAACGUAUGCUGGUGGACACGGCGUCCUCGAAACUCACCGGAUACCGCCGUGGCCCUCAGACGGAUGAUGAGGAUAUUGGCCACGGCAAGCGCGCCCUUCUUGCAGCGUUGAGCACUCGACUGUUGCUGGAAUUCGAGCCUGCACGCGAGUUGGCCCGCAAAAUGGAGGUCGAACUAGUCGAAAGCAACCUUCGGAUCGCCUAUAGCGUUCCCAAGCAUCGUGAAUAUUUCCGGUCAGGUUAUCCGUCAGAACCCAUCCUGGCCGAGGCUGCUGCGCGCUUCUUAAAUGGAAGUAAAUUUUCAGUCCCUGAUAGCUUGACGUCUUUCGUCAAGAGCGGAUUGAUCAGUAAAGGCGAAAGAGGCGAACUCGUCAUGCGCUUGCUGCUGCUCGAAGCUUUCGACAAGGCAACAAGGAAGACGUUUGAAAACGUCAACGACCGGAAAAGCAUGACGUUCGACCAUCCCAUCCCAGUCAUCGACUUCCUCAAAGCGCUUUUCGGCGAGAAGAAUAUGAAAACGGUCUUGGACAAGGAUGCACGGAACCGCGCGAAUUGGAGAACGUUCGAGAAGGCGUUCGGAAAUGCGUAUGUUCACUUCACGCAUUUCGGAAAGUCGGAAAACGAGUCCGUCUCCAACCAAUUUGGCGCCUGGGCGGCCAUCAUGCGUGGAAUGGCUAUACAGUGCUCCACAAACCAGAGGAACAUCGACUGCAUCAUACCAAUAGUUUUCGGCCGCAAAGAGAAGAUCACGCCAGAUAGGAUGAGCGCAAUCCUCAUCCAAGUCAAGAACAGAGUAGACUCUCAGGUGCUGGCCAUAGACGAGAAGAAGUUAGACGGUGUAGAUGACUUCUUUCGGAAAGGCAACACAGGAUUGCCCGACAAUCGCCCUUACAUCACGAUUGCGAUGCACCUUGGCAUCCAGGACGCCGCGUACAAGGACGCACUGCCGAAAGCAAAGCUCCAUGAAUUGGAGGCCUCGUUUGAGUGUGUGGCGCCGACAGGCCAUAUGCUGACUCGUACGGCGUCUUCAAAGCGAAUGGAAACUCUGUAUGAUCCUAAAGAGGACUUGCAUCCCCGGGAAGGACUGAAAGGAGGGGAUGAGGAUCCCCCCCAUCCGCGAUACGAGAUCGUGGUCAAGAAGUGUAAUCCGGAAACAUUUGCAGCUAUGAUCGACGAUUACAAGAGGGCCUCUGAGGAGAAAGCGACGCACGAUUACGCGUACUUGUUGGCUGGCACGAGUGUCUACGACGAGCAUCCAAGACAGGACGAGGAAAAUCUCGCAGCUGUGCGCAAAUUGAAAUCGGGUUGGAGCAUUGGAGAUGACUACUAUGACUGGACCGGUAACGACUUCCUGUGCGGAGGAACGCCUGGACGCAGCCGAAACGAGUCAAAUGACUCGGAGGAUGCAGACCCAAUGCAAAUAGUCGGAGCCGAUUCACCUGAAGACAUCGUGAUGGGCAGUCAAAAUUCCGAUUGAAUGAGCGCAACGAGCUCAGUGAAUGAGAAUUUGUAGGCCGCCUUGGAGAAGACACACCAGUGUGCCAUGUUUGAGCUCCCCUCUAUCGAAUCAUGCCAAUUGCUAAUGUAUGCAUCUAUGUAAUGCUUGACGGGACAUUCUAUAUCUAAAUAAUUAGUGCUGCAGCGCGGCAGGAAUGUACAUACCAUUGCUCUCUUGGACAUCUAAUGAAACGCAC